UUUCAAUAAAUAAAAGAAAAAAAAUAUGUCUAUAACCGGAAGAAUUUUGUUUGAAAACAAUCUUGCCAAUAUUUUUACGGGUGAUGAUAUAAAUCUUAUUAUAGAGAUAGAUAAUCUAGAAGAAAUCUUUGUGAAAGAAAUUUUUCUCCACUUUCAUGGCGAGGUAAAUGUCAAAUGGGAAGAUUUAAUAAAUAAACCCAAAGAUGGAAAAAUUAUUUAUAUUAUGCAACAAUUUGAAGGUCAACAAAUCUGUGUGAAUAAACAUAUAAGCAUACAAAUCAUGGAUGUUCUUAACAAGGGUAAACACUGCUACAGUGUGCUGCUGCAGAUACCCCAGCAAAUACCUCAGAGUAUUGAUAGGAAAUAUGGAUCCGUAAAAUAUGAGUUAGAGCUGGGUGUUCAUCAUGAUUCAGGAGUUGAUGUAUUGUGUAGACGGCCUCUAGAUAUAAAACAAUAUUUGAAUAUUUGUAUCAAAUCGGAGUAUGAGCGGCCUUUUCAUACUCUUUUCAAUAAAUUCUUUUGCUGGGGCAUCUUUAAUGUCCGACCUCUCGAAGUCUCUCUGACUCUACCUACUACUUUGUUUUUGGCCGGUGAUUCCAUUAAGUAUUUUGUAAUGCUGCAAAACUUCAGCAAGUUUAUGAACCUGCAGCGCCUAUCGGUUAUACUAACUCAAACCCAACACUAUAAAGCCUUAAGACCCAGGGAAAGAAUUAAGCAAGUCCAUACAACCUUAAAUAUAAUGAUGCAUCAUCUCACUAGAAGGCAUUGUAAUGGAAAAUUUGAAGGUUCCUUGCAAUUGCCUCGAUCACUUAUACCCACAUCACAGGAAUCAUGUCUGCUAGAGAUCAGUUACAAGCUACAAUUUAUUUUGGUUUAUAAAGGUUUGCACACAGAUGAUUACAUUUCUCUGCCUAUAACAGUGGCAAGUCAUAGAGAUAACACAGCAGCUACUUUGAACUUUACAAAUUCCGAAAUAGGAUUGCCAAUGGAGGUCAAUCAAAACACUGAAUUUGAAGUAUAA